GGAAGGCUCUCUGGGGCCUGUGGUGGCUGGUCCCUCCCCGACCUGCUCUUUGGGGGGUAGUGUCACCCUAGGGGAAGCAGGAGGCCACACACACACACAUACAAACCACACACCCUAUGGGAAGAAGGCACUGAGCCUGGUGGAGAAGGGGCAGGAAGGGCAGGGCGGCAGCAGUCUGUCUCUGUAACUGUGACCUGAGCCUCUGUGUUGCACGACUCUGGGUCCAAGGAAGAAGCGUCCCCCACCUAGUGGCCAGGAGAGCGGUGGGGAGCAGUGGCCAUCAUGCACAGCCGUAUCGCCUCCGCCGGGCGUCCCCCGUGCCGCCCCUGAGUCCGGCCGGAGUUGGGACGCAGGGCCCGCCCGCGCGGCCGCACCAUGAGCCACGGGCCCAGCCCCCGACUGGCCGAGUCCCCGCAGCUGUCCAAGGGCAGCCUCCUGACCAUCCUGGGCAGCCCCUCGCCGGAGCGCAUGGGGCCGGCCGACUCGCUGCCGCCCACGCCGCCCAGCGGCACGCCCUCGCCGGGGCCGCCGCCCGCGCUGUCGCUGCCGCCCGCGCCCGCGCUGCUGGCCGACGGGGACUGGGAGAGCCGCGAGGAGCUGCGGCUGCGGGAGUUGGAGGAGGCGCGCGCGCGGGCGGCGCAGAUGGAGAAGACGAUGCGCUGGUGGUCCGACUGCACCGCCAACUGGCGCGAGAAGUGGAGCAAGGUGCGCGCCGAGCGCAACCGCGCGCGCGAGGAGGUGCGCCAGCUGCGCCAGCGCCUGGACGCGCUCACCAAGGAGCUGGCGGGCGCGCGGCGCGAGCGCCAGGAGGCGCAGGGCGAGUGCGAGGCUCGGGGCCGCGAGCUUGCGCGGCUGCGCGGCGCCCGGGGGAACGCCGACAGGACGCCGGACGGGCCGGAGCCCGAGCGGGAGCAGGAGCCGGUGCGCGACGUCGGGUCGGAAGUGCCCCAGGGCAGCCAGGAACUGGAGCUAGUGGAGAGCCUGCUGAAGAGCAGACCAGAGGAGCCCGAGGGCUGCUGGGAGGCACGCAGCGUGGGGGCCGGGGGCCCACGGGGCAGCUCCGGCCGCCAGGAGCGCAGCCGGCUGCCCUGGGAAGACACAGCCACCAUCGAAGAGGGUGCAUCCAAGUUGACCGCCCUGCGGCUGCGGCUAGAUGAAUCCCAGAAGGUGCUACUCAAGGAGCGAGAGGAUAAACUGGCACUGAGCAGGAACAUUGAGAAGCUGGAAGGGGAGCUCAGCCAGUGGAAGAUCAAGUAUGAGGAGCUGAACAAGACCAAGCAGGAGAUGCUCAAGCAACUCAGCAUCCUGAAGGAGGCCCACCAGGAUGAGCUGGGUCGCAUGUCCGAAGACCUGGAGGACGAGCUGGGUGCACGGUCCAGCAUGGACAGGAAGAUGGCCGAGCUGAGGGGUGAGAUGGAGCGGCUGCAGGCGGAGAACGCAGCCGAGUGGGGUCGCCGUGAGAGGCUGGAGACCGAGAAGCUGGGCCUGGAACGGGAAAAUAAGAAGCUGCGGGCGCAGGUCGGGGACCUGGAGGAGGCGCUGGCCCGGCGGCGGAGGCAGACAGCCAGCGCGCUGGACUGUGACCUGCGGGCCAGCCAGGCUGCACUUUUUGAGAAGAACAAGGAGCUGGCAGACCUGAAGCACGUGCACGGCAAGCUGAAGAAACAGUUCCAGGAGAAGGUGGCAGAGCUGGCACACGCCAACCGGCGGGUGGAACAGCACGAGGCAGAGGUGAAGAAGCUGCGGCUGCGGGUGGAGGAGCUCAAGAAGGAGCUGGCCCAGGCCGAGGACGAGCUGGACGAGGCCCACAACCAGGCACGGAAGCUGCAGCGGUCGCUGGACGAGCAGACGGAGCAGAGCGAGAACCUACAAGUGCAGCUGGAACAUCUGCAGUCCAGGCUCCGAAGGCAGCAGCAGAACGCCCCCCUCUUCGGGAAGAUCCGAAGCGCUCGCUUCGGCACUGAGGAAGCCGGGGACGGAGCCAGUGACCUGGAUGAGGAUGAGGACCUGCAGAUCCAGGUGGCCUAGAGCUCCCAGGGCCGGACAGGACUGGCCCGUGGCCACAGGCCCCUGGGUGCCUAGGCGGACCGGCCGCUCGGACUGGUGCAGCCACCCGUGUUCCCCGCCACAGCUGACUUCCUCCUCUCCCAGGGUGGGGGUCAACCGUCCCACCCUAGCAACACCUCUUGGAAGGGAAGCCAUCGCCUGUGUUUUAUACAUGUAUAUUUUAUGUAUGUGCGCGGGGUCCUUGGACCCAUCUGAUGUUAUAAAAACAGGACCGCUCCCGG